AUGCCUUUCAGCCUGAGAAGUUGCGCGCUUUUAAAGUGCCGCCGGUCAGACCAGCGACCCACGCCAAACAGAGCCAAUCCGAGCCGAGCCAAGCCGUGCCAAGCCGUGCCAGAGCAAAUACAGAGCGGGACAGAAAAGGACGAUAGAGACAUGACCCUGCGGACUGUGCGGCAACUUUUCCUCCUGUGUUUGUUGGCGUUUUUUGGAUCUUGGAGCGCAACAGAUGCCCGGCCCUUCGACCAGUGGGAGGAGGGAAUAGUGUUUCCAAAGGUGCGAGACGUCCAGAGUGAGGAUGUGAGGGACGUGCUGUGGGGAGACCAGAACCAGUUCUUGUUCCAUUACUCCAAAGCGCGUAACUCCAUCGGAGCUGUGCAGCAACAGUCCCACUCGGUCCACCCUCUGCUGCGGCUUUCCCCCAAACUGUCCCAGAGGAGGAAGAAGAAGGUCCUCCUCCUGAAGAUCAGAGGCCUGCCGGAGGGGAUGCUGUAAAGGGAAAAACCCACAAAAAACAGAGGAAUGGAGUCACCCCCCCGGCUGGAAACGAGCCUCCGCCCAAACGCUCCCAGCUGGACCUGGACGGGAUCUUUUCGGGA